AUGGACGUAGAUCUUUUGCGCCCUGGUAUGAUACCAAUCGCACCCAACACUAAACUUUGGUUUGAAUUUCUCAUCGAACCAUCCCUCCUCGAAGAACAUUUGAACAACCCUCAUGCAGAUCCUAGUGCCACAGAACUACUAAUAAAAUUUCUUUAUUCGUCCAUGGAGAGGCCAAAAGACUUGCCACUGAUUGAUAUUGACGAUUUAAUGGAUAACUCAAGGAUUGACAAAAAAAUUGAAUAUCGAAAACGUAAAAAGUAUGAAUGCUUAACAAUAUGGGCUAUGAAAAUUGUCAGUUUUUGGGAAUGGGACCUAAACAUCUUACAAACCAGGGUUCCAAUAAGUCUUCAGAUAAUAUUUGUCCAAGACCUUUUAGAUUUAGUAUCAAAUGGUAUGAAUUUAAUUGAUUUUGAGUCUCACAUCUCAAUUGAAGAUUUAUCACAGUUAAAAGACGAACAAAUAUUUGCUAUUGCACUAUUUCAUCGAUGGACCUUAAAUGUGAUUAUAAACUAUACACUAUCCAAAAAAUCAUCAUUUACUUUAGGUCCUGUACAAGAUGGAAAUGAAGAUGUUCUAUUAAAAUUAGAGAUGCAAAGUGAACUUAGUGAAAAAUCUUGCAAUUGGUUUAAAGGCCUAACUGUGUCAUCAGCUGAAUUUCUUUCUCAGAUAAUGUAUGAUUACGCAAAGUAUAAAUUCUUUAAAGCACAAUAUGAAGAAGCUGGUAUUUAUUUUAAAAAGUGUAAAAAGUUAAAUAUGAACUUAACACCAAGUUUAUUUCAUAAAAUAAAACUAGAAGAAUUAAAUGGAUUCUGUGCAGCCUGUUCAUCUGAAAUAACGGAAAAAUCAAGUUUAUUAAUGCAGUUUUUGUAUUCUACCCAAACCAAUCAUAAUAAAACUGAUAACCAGAUUAUGGAGAUUCCAAUGUUUUUAAGAGACGCAUUGGAACUUGACUUGGCUUCCAUGUUAUCCUUGGGAAAAUUCACUGCAUCAAGAGACAUGUUACUUCAUAUACAUACAAUGAAUGCUAUUCGAAGAGCAUCAGUAACUUCUGGAGAAAUUGUGUUAUUACCUCCUGAAGAUUAUGUUACAAAAAUUAAAUUUAACCUCAGAGGUCCUGAAAUAUUUUUAAAGGAUAUAAAACUUUGUACGCAAAUUAAAGAUAAAAAAUUUAGAAAAAACAUAAAAAUGUUUGUGUGUAAUGUUUUACUAAAAUGUCCUAAGAACUUGGUAAAAGACAUUUUAAAAGAUGGACAUGAAGAAAUACAUGAAUUAUUUGGCGAUGAAGACAUACAUAAAUUACUAACGUUACCUGAAGAUAUACCAACUAUUAAUAUUGAUAUGUCUAAACGUUUGGAUCGAUUAAAAAUCACCCAAAUAAAUAAUGUUAAUGUACAAAAAGUUUUAUUAAAAAACAAAAUAAGUAUUGAAUAUGAUUCAAGCAACUUACGUAGUUUACUACAACAAUUACACAAAAUGGAUGUGGAUCCAAUGUUUAGUAUUUUAGAUAUAAAUUAUGAAUGGCAAGUUCCUUUACCUUUGCAUAGUCUUUUAAUGGGAUUACCUAAUGGAUUAUUUAAAUUUUUGGUUAUUAUUUUAAUUGCUAAAUCGAAAGAAAUGAUAAAGUUAAAUGACUUUGAAAGAGCAAAAUUGUUACUACGAGAAGCUGAAACCGAAACAAAAAUUAAUAAUAACAUUAUGUACUCCAAAAUUAGACAAUUAAUUUCAUGGGAAGGAUUAUAUACUGAAAUGCUUCAAUUCCAGUAUGAAUUCAAAAAUUUUGCCAUUGGAGAUCUUGUGGAACGCUGUAAGCAAUGCCUAGAAUUUGUACAAAGUGAUAAUCUAAUACCACGCCAAGAAAUAGCUGAACAAUGUGUAUUAACUCUAUUAAAUGUUGGUGAAUGGGAAUAUUUGACAAAAAGGCAUUAUAAUUGCUUUAAAUUACCAUUAGCUAUUGCUUAUACUUGUCUUGAUGUUAAUAAAUUUAAAGGUACUAAAAAAAGUGCUAAAGAAGUAUGGGAUUUGAUUCUACCAGUGUUUGAUUAUGGUUAUUCAGCUACUAAUAAAAGACCCUUAGAUGGUGAUCCUCAAUGUACUCAAAACCGAGUACUAAGCCAAAAUGACAUAAUGCGUGUAUUUUUGAGUUUAAGGGACCAAAAUGCCAUUCAAAUAGUUCUUUCAUUAUUAGCAAAAAUUCAAAAUGUUCUUAGAGAUGAAUCUGCCAUGGAACUUAUAAUGCCUUUCCUCAAUAUUUGGCCAGUCGUUCCCAACAAUAUGAGUAUUCCUCUAAGAAAUAUAACGGAAGUAUUGGGAAUUGUAUUAACCGAAUCACUCAAGUACCAUCCAAAUCAUAUAAUUUUAUUGAAACUAAAAGGCGAUCUGCAAUAUGUAAUGGGCCACUACAGUUCUGCAAUGAAAUGGUAUCUGGAAGCCAUUGUUAUAGUCAGCGACUACUUUGCACGGCCGGUUUUAAAGCCAAUGAUUGAAGAUUAUGUUUAUAAAAGAAUGAUGAAAUGUUGCAUGCAAAUGCAAAAUUUUACACAGGCAGCAAUAUUAUGUCUGUUUCAAGAAGAAAUAGAUUAUGCAACUGCAUUCAAAUGCGCUUCUGAGACAAAUUCAUGUGAUGCUUUGGAUGAAUAUUAUGAUUAUAUAUGGGAUAUAAGUUUGUUGGAAUUCCUUAUAUAUUGGCAUACUAAAUUAAACCAUCAGGAACAUAGACAAAAGCUUUUGAAAACAAUUGGUGCGUUGGAGUUAAAUGCAAAUAAUAAUGAAGAAAUUAAAAGAGAAGCAGCCAAUAUAAGAAAACUAAAAUUUUUAAGAGCACUAUCACAGCAAUAUGUACAUCCAUAA